AUGUCUCUCGUUAUUGCGACAUGGACAAUCUCGGGUCUCCUGGCUGCCUAUGCUUGCUACCUGGGGAUAAUGUCUUUCAUACCCCAGCCCCCUUCACCGAACGAAACCGAAGCGACCACCGGGUCAACUUCACGUCGGCGGCUUUCAACGGACUCUAUGAUACCGUUGGUAUCUAAAGAUACCCGACCCGUCGCGAAGGCAUACAGUGAGGAAGCACAAGUUACGACUUCUCUUCGUGGUACGAAAAUAGAGAAACAUCCACCACCUUCAAUCAGCGUUAGCCCUCCUUCGUACGAGACAGUAUCCAAAUCUGCGUUGUUGGCACAGUUCCCUGUGCCGCCUGAACACCAAUCGCCACAGUUUCCAUCCAGAUCGCUACGUUCACGUCCAUUGCCUCUCCCCAAUCCAUUCUCAAACCGUCUCAUCGAGCGCAGUCCAUCGACAAGUUCAUCAAUUCCAUCGUCGUAUUUGUAUUGGGGAAGUCCGUUACAACAGUCUCUCGCCAUCAGUAGCCAGCCAACUUUUUCCGCUUCUAGUACUCAUACUAGCUCAGAUAUCUCGUCUCAGAGUGACAGGAGCGGCUCACGACCUCGCCAUCCUUCGUUACUGACUCCUGCUACGAUCCCGCGAGGCCAUUUUCGACCCCUACCGACGCCUAUUUCUUCACACUUCAAUCGAACAGCACUGCCAAGACAAUAUGGCUUGUCUUUACCCAGUCCUGCAGCUUUGCCUUCGUAUCGUGAUGAGAGACAAUGGGCAACCUGGCACAAUCCUCGAUAUGACGUCCCACAAAGUGCCUCGGCGUCAGUUUUCAGUUCGCGCACGAUGGCUGGUGGUAAUUCUGUGUCGGCAAGGUCAACUUGGAGGUAG